AGCACAGGAGGGUCACAGAUACGCAGGACGGAGAAGCUGGCUGCUGGUGGCGAAGAUGGCGGAUGGGGACAGUGGGAGUGAGCGCGGUGGCAGCAGUGGUGGUGGUGGAGGUGGAAGUGGAAGUGGAGGGGGUGGAGGCAGUGGAUUUCAGCACUACCAGCGAGAGCAAGAGACGCAGGAGUUGGCAUCGAAGCGGCUGGACAUUCAGAACAAACGCUUCUAUCUGGAUGUAAAGCAGAACGCAAAAGGCAGGUUCAUCAAAAUCGCCGAGGUCGGCGCCGGGGGUUCGAAAAGUCGACUGACCCUUUCCAUGUCGGUUGCGGCGGAGUUCCGUGACUACCUUGGAGAUUUCAUAGAGCACUACGCCCAACUUGGGCCCAGCAGCCCUGAGCAGAUUGCUCAGUCAUCCGGUGGGGAUGACAGUGGGCCUAGGCGAGCCUUGAAGAGCGAGUUCCUGGUCAGAGAGAACAGAAAAUACUACCUCGAUCUCAAGGAGAACCAGCGAGGGAGGUUUCUCAGGAUCCGACAAACCGUCAACCGUGGGCCUGGUUUUGGAGUCGGGGGAGGUGGCAUCCCUGGUGGCAUGCAGUCAGGACAAACCAUCGCCCUUCCCGCACAAGGUUUAAUAGAGUUCCGCGAUGCCUUGGCCAAGUUGAUAGAUGAUUACGGCGGUGAUGACGAGGAGCUGGCCGGCGGCGGGGGUGCCGGGGGCUACAGCGAGCUUCCGGAGGGAACAUCCAUCAUGGUGGACUCUAAACGGUUCUUCUUUGACGUCGGAUCUAACAAGUACGGAGUUUUCUUGAGGGUGAGCGAAGUUAAGCCCAGCUACAGAAACUCUAUUACUAUUCCCUUCAAAGCAUGGGGCAAGUUUGGAGGCGCCUUCUCCCGCUAUGCUGAAGAGAUGAAGGAGAUUCAAGAUAGACACAGGGAUAAAAUGUUCGAACGCAGAGGAGGAGAGGAAUCUGAGGGAGAAGAGGUGGAUGACGAUUGAUCAAGCCGGCUACAAAAUCGAGAUGAAACCGUGACGCAAAGCUUGAAGAGUGGAGCGCUACAAUGUGCAUGACGAAUCGAACCUGCGACAAAACAACGGAGUAGCUUAAGUAAAGUAGGCCCAUAUUCGACCGAGAAAUACUCUCUGUUAGAGAGAAUCGUGAUAUAAAAAGAUUAGGAUAUUUUAGUUUAACAAGUGAAAACUGCAUUAUUUAGUGGUCACGAAAAGCUGUCUGAUAUUCCCCAUUGGUGAAAUAUUGUCCAUUUCACUCAUCUAACCGAGCAAACGAUGCUUUAUAUAUAUUCAAAUAAUAGCAGUAGAAUACUGGUCCCGUUUAUAGAGCUAUCUAUUUUAAAGUCUUUAAAAAUACACUUGGACCUGACCCAUGUAAAUGUCUUUGAUAAAGUGUGAAAAUGUGUGUGUAUAAAGCUAAGAGAUGUGCAGCUCCACAUCCCUAAUGUUGCUCUGGGUUAUUCUGCCUACUAGUGACUCCUAUGGUUGUGUUGAUGCCCACUGUAUUUAGUUUUGUUCUGCAAAGCAUCAUAAAUUCCAGCCCAUCCACCAGGGCACGUUAUUGGGCAAGGCAGUAGUCCUGGGGCAGCCUCUAAAGAUACACCCCAGCCUGGCCUCUACCAACCUGGCCUCCACCAGCCUGGCCUCCACCAGCCUGGCCUCCACCAGCCUGGCCUCCUGUCUGGUUCUGUAUUCUCCUCAGUCUCCAUCACUGCUCCAGCAAUUGUCAGAACUGGAACGACACAUGUCAGAUACUCUGGUCCACCUGGGCUGAUCCGGGUCCAUCUAUGGGUCCAACAGUGAGACCUGAGCCUGUUUUCCCUCCCUGUGCGAACAGAGGAAGAUGUUUCACCCAGUGUCUACCUCGAGAGGGCGCUGCCACAGCCAGGACUUGCACCAGGCUUUAGUUUGGGGAUUUUAUUGCUGAAAAGCUUCACUUGUGAUAAUGGGCUUGGAUCAAGCUAAGUAAAAAAAGGACUGUCCUUAAACGUCAAGCUUUGGACGUGCCAUUCAGUUCUCAGUGAACUCAGACCAUCUCAAGACUGAGACUCAGUCAGAUUGUAAAAAAUAUUGGUGCUUUUAGAUAACCCCACAAAGCAGGGUGCUGUACUAAAUCUACUGGAAGAUAUAUUACUUACUAAAUAUCAAGUAUAGAUAGAAUUAUUUUGCAAAAAGAAAUCUAUUCAAAUAUGUUAAGAUAUAUCUAUAAUACAUUUAUGACAUAAAUACGCCUAAAAAAAACAAACAGGCUUAUUUAAACACUAAACUUGGAUGCAAUCCUUUGGGGGUGAUAAAUCACCUGUUUUUUUCUCUAAUGUUUUCUUUUUUCCUAACAUUUAUUUCCUUCUUUGCAAGAAUAAGUGACCAUGUAUUUUGAUUGUAUGUUUAGAUCCACUAAAGUGUUUAGUGUCACUAAACACCUGUGCAGCCACCACCAUCAUCGUCAUUAUGUUUCCUCCUUUGACAGAAUAGCUUCACCCUCGUCCGAUUCCUGUUUCCAUCACGAGCUGGCAGGCCACUUUUUCAGUUGCCGUAGCGACGCAAAUCUGACCACACAGAAACAUAUUUUUAAGUAUUAUGAAGUUUGCAUGCCUGCUCUUUCUCUGGGGCUGCCUUGUGCUGUCUUUCUUUAGUUAUUUUGAUUGCUGUUGGUAUUUAUCAGUUUUACGCCUAUUUUUUGUUUCCUUCAUAAUUUGCAAUGGACAAGGAAAACAAUUAUUCAGAAGUUUACUUACCGACAUGCAACGUGUCGUGGCUUGAAACACUUCCGUAAACGUCCCGCCCCUCCUUACCCUGCUGUACGACCCUGUAGAAUUCCCACCAUCUCAGCACACAGGAGUAUUUGCCAUUCACACAAUAUAAAAAAUAUGAUCUGGGAGCAAUACUUAUUUUCUAUUGAUAUGAAUAUGCUAUACACAUACACACGUUUGAACGACAUCCUUGUUCCUGUUCUGUGUUACGUGAAAUGGCAGCUGUUUCCGUCAUGUGUUCUGCUGUAAUAUUCUACCAAGUAUCUUUCAAUGAGAAAUAAAAAUGAUUUGCUGAGGAAAAA